AUGACAGAUGCCGAAUUUUCUUUUUUCGGGAAGCCGAAUUCGGCCAUCCCAGUUCUCCUGCUCAAAACAAAAUCCACCCCGCAUGACGGGUACGAGGAGUACUUUUCCUCCACCACGAGGAGGCACCAUUACAAGCCCAUAUUUGUUCCCGUGCUAGAGCAUAUAUUCGACUAUGAAAAUUUAGGGAAAUUGAAAGAUCUUUUCGUUUCCCGGGCGUUGACAAGGAAAUAUGGCGGCUUGGUGUUCACCAGUCAGAGGGCAGUGGAGGGGUUUAGUCGGAUGAUUGUGGACGAGGUUGGUCCCGAAGAGACCUCCCGCGAUCUUGCCUUGUAUACAGUUGGACCAGCCACCUACCGGUCGCUGAAUACCUUACGACAAACCCACCUCCCACAUGCGACCCUGGUUGGAAAAGAUGCUGGCACGGGCGAACUUCUUGCGCAGCUUAUACUAAAUCAUUACAAUGGCCUUGAUCGAAACCAGCAACCGUCUUCGAGAUUAGAACAAGGUCGAAAUGGAAGCGGGAAGCUUCCACUCCUCUUCCUCGUCGGCGAAACCCAUCGCGACGUUAUACCAAAGACUCUAAUGUCUCCUGACCUUCCGCCCAACGAGAGGAUACAGAUUGACGAGUUGAUAGUAUAUAAAACGGGCGUGAUGGAAGCGUUCAGGGAGAAUUUUGGGUCGAUCCUGGAACGGCUCCACGAGACAUCCAAUCGGGAAAAUGGAGCAGAUUCGGAGGACAAGCGGGUGGUUAUUGAAUCUCGGGUUCCGAUUUGGGUCGUCGUUUUCUCUCCCACCGGUUGUGAUGCGAUGGUUGAGAUUCUGGGCAUGUAUCAGCGGGAGGGCCUGAAAGAAGAUGAAGUAUCGCGCGCAAGCGGGAAGGAAAAUCAGGCAAGGAGGAUGCACUAUAUCGCAACAAUUGCCGGCAUGACGAGGGAUCACUUACGGCUGAACUUUGGAGUUGAGCCGGAUGUAUGUGCGGAGGUGCCGAGCCCAGAAGGUGUAGGUGAUGGCAUUGAGACUGUCACGGAACAGAAGACCGGAAAGUAG